AUGACCCACGAUCCUGCGAGCACAGACAUUCCCUGUCGGUCGAAUGUUCUUCGAGAUUUCUUGGUGUACCUCUUAGUUCGUCUGGAAAGGAUUGGCAAAUCCUUGAACUUGGGACUACGGGGUUCCUUCUUCUUCCUCUUUCUGUCUAUUAAGGGAUUGCUCGAGACCCAGCCUCUCUCCGUACUUGAUGUUUCUGGCGGAAGACAAACUUUGUACAUUUUUAGAAUUGGGUUGACCUCGUUCUCGCAACUUGGUCUUGUUGUCAGCGUGACUAUGUAG